AUGGAACGCGCCCGGAGUCUUUACAAGAAUGACAUCGAUUUUGCAGCUCUCGCGUUGCAAUCGCGAGACUUUGCCAAGCAUUUGAGAUUCAAUGGGCAGCUGGAUUUUCACGAUGAAGCGGCGGUCAGACAAUUGACCAUCAGUUUGUUAGAGCAUGACUUUGGGCUCAAGGUCGAGCUUCCCAAUGAUCGGCUUUGUCCUCCAGUGCCAAACAGACUGAAUUACAUUAUCUGGGUACAAGACCUCCUUGACUCAACAGCUGGGACAGUCAAAGAUUCCUAUGACCCGGACCGAGAAGUCGUCGGACUUGAUGUUGGAACGGGAUGCUGUAGCAUUUAUCCCCUGCUGGGCUGCAAAACUCGCACAAACUGGAAAUUUAUCGCUACCGAUAUCGACGAGCAGAAUGCGCGCACCGCGAAAGAGAAUGUCGUCCUAAACGAGCUCGAGUCACGCAUCCAAAUCGUCAAGACUGACCCAGAAGGCCCUUUGUUCCCUCUUGACGAAUUCGACCACAAAACCCUCGACUUCACCAUGUGCAACCCUCCAUUCUACACAUCACAAGAAGAGAUGUUGAGUUCAGCAGAGACAAAAUCACACGUCCCAUUUUCAGCGUGCACCGGAGCAGCAGUGGAAAUGAUCGCGCCCGGCGGCGAAGUAGAGUUCGUCACUUGCAUGAUCAAUGAGAGCUUACACCUACGAGACCGGAUUCAGUGGUACACAUCAAUGCUUGGGAAACUCAGUAGCGUGACCACACUUGUUGAGCUACUUAUCAAGCACAAUAAUUACAACUACGCGGUAACCGAGUUUGUCCAAGGCAGCAAAACGAAGCGGUGGGCUGUGGCGUGGUCUUGGGGGAAUCGGCGACCUGCGAUGUCAGUGGCACGGAAUAUCCCGGGGGUUCCGAAACAUUUGCUUCCUUUCCCAGCUGAUUUCAGCUUCACGCUUCCCACUGAGACGAAUAUCGAUACUGCUAUCAGCACAAUGAACGCUGAACUUAAGUCAAUCCCCUGGUACUGGGAAUGGAACAAGAGCAUCAGUGCCGGUGUGGGAUUUGCAUCUGAAAAUGUGUGGUCGAGACAGGCUCGAAGGAAGAUGAAGCUUGCAGCACAAGCAGGGACUGGGCAUAUGGAUGAUAUCCCGCAAGAAGUUGCGCUGGGUGUUCGGGUCCAACUAAAGCUACACCAAGGGAAGGAGCCAGAGCCGAAAGAAGUCCAAGUAUUGAUUCGUUGGAUCCAAGGGACAGACAGCGUGCUUUUCGAGAGCUUUUGUGGUAUGGUGAAGCGGAAGAUGGAAGGUAAAUGA